CUUGACUAGAAGUGUUUUUUAUCACUAAACUUUGGAUUGUGGUGGUAAGGCGCACUUUUUCUGUCCGGUUGAGUUGGAGUUUUUGUUCAUCAUGACGAAUAAACCCUGAGGAGAAGACAUGGAUUUUUCACGGAGAGAGUGGCUGUUCCUUCUUCUAAAACUCGAACAUCUCAACUCUGGAAAUGACGCAGUAAAUCUCAGAGUUUCACAUCUGUAAGUAAAUACUAGUACAGGAGAAUCAGGAUGAAAAGAUGGCAGCCAUGCUGUUACCAACGGGUCCUGAUGGCUUGCGGCGGUUCACUCGCGAAUCCAUGGCUGCGCUGGAGCAGCGGAUUGCGGAGGAGCAGGCCAAGAAUGCCAAGGAUUGCCAUUCAAGGAACGCAGAGCCACCUAAACCCAGGGCCGACCUGGAGGCAGGCAAGCAGUUGCCACGAAUCUUUGGUGACAUCCCUACAGAACUCAUCGGAGUGCCACUGGAGGACAUCGAUCCGUUUUACUACAAGAACCAGAGGACUUUUAUAGUACUAAACAAAGGGAAAGCCAUCUUCAGAUUCAGCUCCACAUCUGCACUUUACAUAUUUACUCCUUUUCACUUCAUCAGAACUGUAGCCAUAAAAGUUUUAGUCCAUUCGUUCAUAAUGUUCACUAUCCUGACAAACUGCUUCUUCAUGGCCAUGUCUGACCCAGCACCAUGGACCAAGUACCUGGAGUAUACUUUCACAGGCAUUUACACCUUCGAGUCAGCAAUAAAGAUAUUUGCAAGAGGAUUCUGCAUAGUACCAUUCACCUUCUUGAGAGAUCCAUGGAACUGGUUGGACUUCAGUGUCAUUGUCAUGGCAUAUGUGACCGAGUUUGUAGACCUUGGAAACGUCUCUGCAUUAAGAACAUUCAGGGUACUACGAGCACUGAAAACCAUCUCAGUAAUCCCAGGUCUGAAGACAAUCGUCGGCGCUUUGAUUCAGUCUGUGAAGAAGCUUGCAGACGUGAUGAUCCUCACUGUCUUCUGUCUCAGCGUGUUCGCUCUCAUAGGCUUGCAGCUUUUCAUGGGGCUGCUCCGGCAGAAGUGCAUCCGCAGCCUCUCACACUGUAUCAACUCCUCCUACAGCGGCAAUGCAUCUUUUAUCUGCAACAACAGAACCUGGAGCUCCAGAGCUGACUUCCUCAGCAAUGAAGAUAAUUUCUACAAAGUUGAAGGAGCAAAGGAUGCCUUAAUAUGUGGAUAUGGAAGUGAUGCAGGGAAGUGUCCUGAUGGAUUUGACUGCCUAAAAGUAGGGAGGAACCCAAACUAUGGCUACACCAGUUUUGAUACCUUUGGCUGGGCUUUCCUGGCCCUCUUCAGACUCAUGACACAAGACUACUGGGAGAAACUAUUUCACCAGACUCUGCGCUCUGCAGGGAAGACCUACAUGGUUUUCUUUGUGCUGGUGAUCUUCUUGGGCUCGUUCUACCUGGUCAACCUCAUCCUUGCUGUUGUGGCCAUGGCAUAUGAGGAGCAGAAUCAGGCGACCAUCGCUGAGGCCUGGCAGAAGGAGAGGGAGUUUCAGCUGGCUAUGGAACACCUUCGUAGAGAGCAAAGAUUGGCAGCAAAAAGAGCACAAGCACAAGAGACGGACUCAGUGUUGUCUCCAGAGAUGUCUCCAUUCUGCCUGAAAGCAGCAGGAAGCAUGCGACGGGGCAGCAGUAGAAGAAGAAGAUCGCACAGGACGCUGUCAGAGGAAACGGGAGAAGAAGCAGCUGAUGAGAAGUUUGACCCCUUGGAUGAGCCAAUGCCACCGUUGUCUCCCCUGCCUGCCCACCCUCUGCUGGCCACGCUCUCCUCUCACCCCCUCAGCACCCGCAGAGGAAGUCAAAUCAGCAUAUUCAGCUCUUUCCGUGUGCGUAACAACUCAGAGGCUGACUUCGGCGAUGAUGAGUACAGCAUUCACGGGGACGCCUUCAGGAGUCGCGCUAGCUCAACUGCUACACCCUGGAAAAGACGGACAGGCAGUGUACGGAGUCACUGCUCCCAAAUCUUCACAACCAAUGUGAACAUCAACGGCCGGCUCAACAUCUCCCUGGACCAGAAUGGAGUUACCACAACAGGACUUCAUACUCCAAACUACCUACCUGCUUACAGUAUGGAGAGGGUCAAGGAGGACAUACAGAAGCCUCUUGGCACUGAGGAAACAGUUCCAAAACCCAUCCUAGAGCCUUCCCCAACUGCAGUCGAGCGUCCACCAGUGACUAGGAAAAGAGGGCUGAGUUCAGUCAGCUUUCUUAGUGAUGCCAUGGAUGAGCUGCAAGAGUCAAGACAGAAGUGUCAUCCCUGCUGGUUAGCUUUUGCUAAGAAGUACAUGAUUUGGGACUGCUCCCCUUGGUGGCUGAAGAUAAAGGAGUGGGUGAAGUUCAUGGUGAUGGAUCCUUUCCUGGACCUAGGAAUCACCAUUUGCAUUGUGCUGAACACUCUCUUCAUGGCACUGGAACACUACCCCAUGACUGAAGAGUUCAACACCAUGCUCUCAGUGGGCAAUCUGGUGUUCACAGGUAUCUUUACAGCAGAGAUGGUGCUGAAGCUGAUUGCUAUGGACCCUUACUAUUACUUCCAACAGGGCUGGAAUAUCUUUGAUGGUGUUAUUGUUUGCCUCAGUCUGAUGGAGUUGGGUCUCUCUAAUGUGGAGGGGCUGUCUGUCCUGAGGUCCUUCAGACUGCUGCGAGUUUUCAAGCUGGCUAAAUCCUGGCCGACUCUGAACACCCUCAUCAAGAUCAUCGGGAAUUCUGUGGGCGCUUUGGGAAACCUGACGCUGGUGCUGGCCAUCAUCGUCUUCAUCUUUGCUGUGGUGGGCAUGCAGCUAUUUGGAAAGAACUACCAGGACUAUGUUUGUAAGAUCUCCUUUGACUGCCAGCUGCCUCGCUGGCACAUGAAGGACUUCUUCCACUCGUUCCUCAUCGUGUUCAGGGUGCUGUGCGGCGAGUGGAUUGAAACCAUGUGGGAUUGUAUGGAAGUGGCCGGGCAGCCUCUUUGUAUCCUGGUGUUCAUGUUGGUCAUGGUCAUUGGGAACUUGGUGGUGCUGAAUCUUUUCCUGGCCCUGCUGCUCAGCUCCUUCAGCUCCGACAACCUCUCUGCCCCAGAUGAAGACGGCGAUUUGAACAACAUCCAGAUCGCCAUCGCUCGUAUAAGUACAGGUGUCUCCUGGCUAAUUACAAACAUCAUCGGCCUUUUCAGACGUAGCCGGAGGAGUAAGAUGCAAAAGGACAAAAAAGCAAGUCUUACCAUUAAGACCAUUGGGAAUCAUGUGGAGAGCAACGGGGGAGUAUGUGGACGCUAUGGAGAGAAGUACAUCAUACCAGAGGAGGACAGCUAUAUGACAAACCCAAACUUGACUGUUAUUGUUCCCAUCGCACCUGGAGAGUCGGAUGUGGAGUUUCUUGAGGAGGAGGAGAUUUCUGAUUCGUCUGAGGAUGAAGCCAACAAACCGGAGCAGAUCAGCCUGUCAGAGGGCAGCACGGUGGACCUGAGGAAGCCUGGAGAGGAGAUGGACAACUUUUCAGAGUUGGAAGAAGAGAGCAUGGAGCCGGAGGAAUGCUUCCCAGAAUUUUGCAUGAGGCACUGUCAGUGCUGUCACAUCGACACCAGCCGCGGUCUGGGCCAGGCCUGGUGGAGGCUGAGGAAGACAUGUUACCAAAUCGUGGAGCACAGCUGGUUUGAGACCUUCAUCAUCUUUAUGAUCCUGCUCAGCAGCGGAGCUCUGGCUUUUGAAGACAUCUACAUUGAGAAGAGAAAAGUCGUGAAGGUAGUGCUGGAGUCUGCUGAUAAGGUCUUCUCCUACAUCUUUGUGCUGGAGAUGUUCCUCAAGUGGAUCGCAUACGGAUUCAAGAAGUACUUCACUAACUACUGGUGCUGGCUCGACUUCCUUAUCGUGGAUGUGUCCUUAAUAAGUCUGGUGGCAAACUCUCUUGGAUAUUCAGACUUUGCUGCGAUCAAGUCUCUGAGGACGCUGCGAGCUUUAAGACCUCUCCGAGCUCUGUCCAGAUUUGAGGGCAUGAGGGUUGUUGUGAACGCUCUAAUAGGAGCCAUCCCCUCCAUCAUGAAUGUGCUGCUGGUGUGUCUCAUCUUCUGGCUCAUCUUCAGCAUCAUGGGCGUCAACCUGUUCGCUGGCAAGUUUGGAAAAUGUGUGAACAGAACAGGUCACAUCCACAGCGUCUCUGUAAUCAACAACAAGUCCGACUGUCUCAACAUGAAUGACACCCAGUUCUACUGGACCAAAGUGAAGGUCAACUUUGACAACGUGGGACUGGGCUACCUUUCACUUCUACAAGUGGCCACUUUCAAAGGAUGGAUGGAAAUAAUGCAUGCAGCUGUUGAUUCAAGAGGAGUGGAGGAACAACCCAUCAGAGAAAUCAACCUCUACAUGUACCUCUACUUUGUCGUCUUCAUCAUUUUUGGAUCCUUCUUCACCCUUAAUCUCUUCAUCGGUGUCAUCAUUGAUAAUUUCAAUCAACAGAAAAGAAAGAUAAGUGGACAGGAUAUCUUCAUGACUGAAGAACAGAAGAAGUACUACAACGCUAUGAAGAAACUGGGAUCUAAAAAGCCUCAAAAGCCGAUACCAAGGCCUGCGAACAUUCUCCAAGCCUUCUUCUUCGAUCUCGUGACCAGGCAAGCCUUCGACAUCAUGAUCAUGAUGCUCAUCAUCGUCAACAUGGUGACCAUGAUGGUGGAAACAGACGAGCAGUCACAGCGCAUGGAGUCCAUCCUCAACAAGAUCAACCUGGUCUUCAUUGUGAUCUUCACCACCGAAUGCCUGAUCAAGAUCAUCGCCCUCCGUUGUUAUUUCUUCACAGUUGCUUGGAACAUCUUUGAUUUUGUGGUGAUUAUUCUCUCUAUCGUGGGGAUUGUUCUUGCAGACAUCAUUGAGAAGUACUUUGUAUCUCCAACCCUGUUUCGAGUCAUCAGACUGGCAAGGAUAGGACGUGUACUUCGACUCAUACGUGCAGCCAAAGGAAUAAGGACUCUACUGUUUGCCUUAAUGAUGUCCAUGCCAGCUCUGUUCAACAUUGGCCUCCUCCUUUUCCUUGUCAUGUUUAUUUAUGCAAUAUUUGGUAUGGCAAACUUUGCCUACGUGAAAAAACAGGAUGGGAUCGAUGACAUGUUUAACUUUGAGACCUUUGGGAAUAGUAUGAUCUGUCUUUUUCAGAUCAGCACCUCAGCAGGUUGGGACAACCUGUUGAGUCCUAUAAUGGCCAGCUCCCCUGAUGAAUGUGACAUUAACUAUGUCAAUACUGGCACCAACACCCGGGGAAACUGUGGCAGCCCCUCAGUGGGCAUAGCUUUCUUUGUCAGUUACAUAAUCAUUUCUUUCCUCAUCGUGGUAAAUAUGUACAUAGCUAUCAUUCUGGAGAACUUCAGUGUCGCCACAGAGGAGAGUACAGAGCCACUGAGCGAGGACGACUUUGAAAUGUUUUAUGAGGUGUGGGAAAAGUUUGACCAUGAGGCCACACAGUUCAUUGAGUUCUCCAUGCUGUCAAGCUUCGCUGACACUUUGUCGGAGCCUCUGCGCAUCGCUAAGCCCAACAAGAUCCAGCUGAUCUCCAUGGACCUUCCCAUGGUCAGUGGGGAUCGGAUCCACUGCCUGGACAUCCUGUUUGCCUUCACAAAGAGAGUCCUGGGAGAGUCUGGCGAAAUGGACGCCCUCAAGCAGCAAAUGGAGGAGAAGUUCAUGAUGACCAACCCCUCCAAAAUCUCCCAUGAGCCCAUCACGUCCACACUGCGCCGCAAACUGGAGGAGGUGUCAGCGAUCAUCAUCCAAAGGUGUUACAGGAGGCAUCUGGUGCGCCGGCAGAUGAAGCAGGCCUCCUACCUCUACAGACAGAUCAACUAUGAGACGGUGGUGGACGUGGAGAACGCUCCUGAAACAGAGGGGCUGAUAGCCUCUUUGUUACAGCACUAUGGACCCGUGGAGCCCGAGGUUGUAGAGACAACAGAGGACCCUCUGUCUUCACCACCGUCGUAUGACAGCGUGACCAGGGCAGCCAGUGACCAGUCUGAGGUUUUCAGAACAAUACCCAGAGACUCUGAACUCGGAGAGCCGGGGGAAAACUACGAAGAAACUUUUCUUUGA